UUGGCAAAACUCUGUUCUUCGCCCAAACCAAAAAUUUUCUUUAGAGCGAGCAGAGAUGGGAAGAGAAGGGAACGCAGUGAAUCUGUAUAAAUAAAUUGAAUUACACCCAAAAUCUCUUCUCAAAUUCUUGCUAACAAUACUCUCUCGAUGUUGCUGUUAUCUUGACAACUUUCUUUUUGCUAAUAUUCGAAAAAGAAAGAAAGAAAAAGAGGAACUUUUCAGCUUUCUACGAAUUAAAGUAGUUGCUGACCUAAAGAUGGGUUAUGAACCUGGUGGCUCAUCCCGGGAUGAGCGUGAUGAAGAUGAUGAGGAAGAAUAUGAGGAAGCUGGCGGUGGUAACCGACUUUUGGGAUUUAUGUUUGGUAAUGUUGACUACUCUGGUGAUCUCGAUGUUGACUACCUUGACGAGGACGCCAAGGAGCAUCUUGCUGCUUUAGCUGACAAGCUUGGUCCGUCUCUGACAGAGAUAGAUUUGUCAGUGAAGUCCCCACAAGAAUCUGCAGAUGCUGCUGAACAAGAUUAUGAUGAGAAGGCUGAAGACGCUGUAGAUUAUGAGGACAUUGAUGAGCAAUAUGAAGGACCCGAGGUACAAACUGUUACUGAAGAGGACCUAUUAUUGCCGAAGAGGGAUUAUUUUUCAACAGAAAUCUCUCUAACUACUUUGGAGAAUCGUGAUUCUGUUUUCGAUGAUGAAAACUAUGAUGAGGAUGAUAAUGAAGAGAAGGAACAGGAGGUGGUAGAGAACACUGCUGAAGUUCAAUCUACUCCUGUAAAAGGAGAGUACAACAAUGAAGCUGAAGUCAUUUUUCAUGGGAAUAAGGUUCCAGAAGAAGUUAUAUCCACAGAUGCUCUCGAAUCUAGUGAAGAUCUUCAAGAGGAAGAACCUCUUGCUUUGGAAGAGCCAGUUGAAAGUCAAAGCUCUCUGCCACUACCUGUUCUUUGUGUCGAAGAUGGGGUGGCAAUUCUGAAGUUCUCUGAAAUUUUUGCCCUUCAUAAACCUCGGAAGAAAGCAGAGAAGAGGGAGCGACGUUGCUCUGUUCCCAAAGACAAAUACAAGGCCAUGGACACACUGGAUAUUGUUGAAGAAGAUGAAGUUAAAUUACUGAGAGGGUCCUAUGAAGAGUUUCCUUGGUUGAGGAUGACCCAUGUACAUCAUGAUAGUGCUUUAACGUUGCUGGAUAAUGAACCAGGAACAGUUCAAGGGACUGAUGACUUAAAGCCAAAAAUCGAGAAAAAGGAUUCUUGUUGUAGUGCUGAACCAAUGAAAGAAAAUCUAUCAAUGGAUCUUUCUGCUGAUUGGAGCUCACCCAUUUGUCCUGAGUUCUAUCCUCUUGACCAGCAAGACUGGGAGGAUAGAAUUAUUUGGGAUAAUUCUCCUCCAUUGAGUGAUAAUACUGCUGAGAGUUGUGAGAUUUCUGAACCUGAUUAUGAAGCAUUGACUGAUAAACAACUGGAUGUGGAGGCCGAGUCUCAAAGUUUACAGUCAGAAAAAGAAAUUGAACCCCAUGAAAAAGGUCAUAGCUCCUUUUUUUCUUGCAGUGUUUCUGUGGAGCCUUUUGGUUCAAAACAACCUUCAGGACACCUGGAUAAUUCAUUAUCAGAAGGAAGAUAUCACCCUCAGCUUUUGAGACUAGAGUCCCGCUUGAAUGCAGAUAGGCAAAGGAGCACAGAUACUCCGAAGGAUGAAGACACUAAUGAAAUCCUUAGCAGUGAUGCCUUAAGGCGAUUUAGCAAGCUUACAUUACAAAAUAGAGAUAUACUGGAGGAAUCUUGGGUGGACAACAUUAUUUGGGAACCAGAUCAACCCUUUCCGAAGCCAAAGCUCAUAUAUGAUCUUCAAGACGAACAAAUGCUUUUUGAAGUUCUGGAUAACAGGGACGGCCAACAGCUUAUGCUUCAUGCUGGAGCAAUGAUCACAACUGGUUUAGUGAAGCCCAGUACUGGUGAUUCUGCCGAGUUAUAUGGCCUCAGUGGUUUAUCCGGGCGUUUCAAUAUUGCCAAUGACAAAUAUUAUUUGAACAGAAAGUCAACUCAGCAACUAAAAUCACAUUCAAAGAAACGCACUGCACAUGGUCUCAAAGUUCUGCACUCAAUACCAGCUCUUAAGCUGCAGACAAUGAAGGCUAAGCUAAGCAAUAAAGACAUUGCAAAUUUUCAUCGGCCAAGAGCUUUAUGGCAUCCCCAUGACAAUGAGGUGGUACUUAAGGAACAGAGAAAGUUGCCUACACAAGGGCCAAUGAAAAUCAUAUUGAAAAGCUUGGGUGGCAAAGGAAGUAAACUUCAUGUGGCAGCAGAGGAGACCAUUUCUUCCCUUAAGUCAAAGGCAUCCAAGAAGCUUGAUUUCAAACUGUCUGAGCCAGUGAAGAUAAUUUACUGUGGGAAGGAGCUUGAAGAUGAUAAAUCUCUUUCUGCCCAAAAUGUGCCACCAAACUCUGUGCUGCAUCUUGUUCGUACCAGGAUACAUUUGUUGCCUAGGGCACAAAAGCUUCCUGGUGAGAACAAGUCCCUGCGUCCUCCUGGUGCAUUUAAAAAAAAAUCUGAUCUUUCCGCAAAAGAUGGCCAUGUUUUCCUAAUGGAAUACUGUGAGGAGAGACCUUUGCUCCUUGGAAAUGUUGGAAUGGGUGCAAGAUUGUGUACUUACUACCAAAAAUUAUCUCCAAAUGAUCAGCAAGGCACCUUGAUGCGCAAUGGAAAUACUGGAUUGGGGAGUGUACUCACACUUGAUCAUUCUGAUAAAUCCCCCUUCCUUGGGGAUAUAAAACCUGGUUGCGCUCAGUCAUCUCUUGAAACAAAUAUGUAUAGGGCACCAAUUUUUCAGCAGAAGGUCUCAUCAACUGACUAUUUGUUGGUUCGCUCAACAAAGGGUAAGCUGUCCAUAAGGCGGAUAGACAGGAUUGAUGUUGUAGGGCAACAGGAGCCUCACAUGGAGGUAAUCUCUCCUGGAUCAAAAGGUGUUCAGACCUACAUAAUGAACAGACUAUUGGUGUAUAUGUAUCGUGAAUUUCGAGCUAUUGAAAAGCGCGGUUCCCGUCCUUUCAUCCGCGCAGAUGAGCUGUCCGCACAGUUCCCUAGUUUGUCAGAGGCCUUUCUUAGGAAAAGACUCAAGCAUUGUGCUGAUUUGCAGAGAAGAUCAAAUGGACAGUUCCAAUGGGUUAUGAGGUUCAAUUUUCGGAUACCAUCCGAGGAGGAAUUGAGGAGGCUGGUUUCACCGGAAAGUGUAUGUGCAUAUGAAAGCAUGCAAGCUGGCCUGUAUAGGCUUAAGCGCCUAGGUAUUACGCGGCUUACUCAUCCUACAGGUCUAUCAGCUGCAAUGAACCAGCUCCCAGAUGAAGCGAUUGCUUUAGCUGCUGCAUCACAUAUUGAAAGGGAACUUCUAAUCACACCUUGGAACUUGAGUAGCAACUUUGUUGCCUGUACAAACCAGGACAGAGAAAAUAUUGAGCGUCUGGAAAUUACUGGUGUUGGUGAUCCAUCUGGUCGGGGAUUAGGGUUCAGUUAUGUACGCACCACUCCUAAGGCACCAAUACCAAAUGCAAUCUCCAAGAAAAAAGCAGUUGUUGCCAAAGGGUCAACAGUAACAGGCACUGAUGCAGACCUACGAAGACUGAGCAUGGAAGCUGCACGCGAGGUUCUUCUCAAGUUUAAUGUUCCAGAGGAGCAGAUUGCUAAACUAACAAGGUGGCACCGAAUUGCUAUGAUUCGCAAGCUUUCUAGCGAGCAAGCUGCAUCCGGUGUGAAAGUUGAUCCAACAACUAUAAGCAAAUAUGCUCGUGGCCAGCGCAUGUCCUUUUUGCAGCUGCAGCAGCAAACAAGAGAAAAAUGUCAGGAAAUCUGGGACCGACAAGUCCAAAAUCUUAGUGCAGUUGAUGGGGAAGAAAAUGAGAGUGACUCUGAAGUGAACAGUGACCUGGACUCAUUUGCUGGUGACUUGGAAAAUCUUCUUGACGCAGAGGACUUCGAGGAUGGUGAGGAGGGUAGUCAUGAGCCCAAACAUGAUAAUGUUGAUGGAGUCAAAGGACUCAAGAUGAGAAGACGCCCCUUUCAGGCUCAGGUGGAAGAGGAGAUCGAGGAUGAGGCAGCUGAAGCUGCAGAAUUAUGCCGCAUGCUCAUGGAUGAUGAUGAAGCUGAUCGGAAGAAGAAAAAAAAGGACAAAGCCAUGGGCGAACAAGUUGGUUUCGUGCCAGAUAUAAGAUACAGGUUUAGUACUGAAAGCACUGAUCGGGGUAAAAAACCUCAGAUAUUUGCCAAGCCAAGCAUAAAGUUUGAUGGGCUAAAUGGGUUGGAUUUCAUUGGAGAUCAGAAGGAGCUGCAGGCUGAAGGGUUUACUGCUAAAAGAACCCCAUCUAGCAAGGUGAAACCCAAGAAAAAGUUUGAUGUUCUGGACUCUGGAUUGUUUAAUAAGAAAGUUAAAAUACUAGGGGAGGGAAUAAAGCCCAUGAAAGAGAAGAAGUCAGCAAGAGACAGUUUUGUCUGUGGAGCCUGUGGUCAGCUUGGUCACAUGAGAACUAAUAAGAAUUGUCCCAAGUAUGGGGAAGAUGUGGAGGCACGAGCAGAAAGCAUUGAUCUGGAAAAGACUACAGGAAAAUCUAUGGGUUCUACUGAUCUCUUGGAUCAGCCCCAGAUCUUCUCAAAGAAAGCCAUCCAAAAAAGUGGAACGAAGAAUGUGAUGGUCGAAGUUCAUGAGGAUGAUAAUUCCAGUUCAAAGGCCAAAGUUCUGAAGGUCAAAUGUGGUUCAACAGACAAACUUCCUGAUAAACCUACUCCUGCGACCUCAAUUAAUUCUGACAUACCAGUGACUUCAGAUGCUGAAAUUGGAACUGUACCACCCCCCAUAAAAUUUAAUAAAAUUAAGUUUUCAAAUAAGAUGAGAGCUGAGGAUGAUUCCAAUGAAGCUCACAAGCCUUCCAUUCUGGUAAGGCCACCAACGGAGACUGCAGACUCACAUCGCAGCAAGAAAAUUGUAAUUAAGCAGCUUAAGGACUCCACAAGUGUGGAUGAAGGAUUCUUGGAUGGAAGCAGUGGCAUGGAGUUCAGGAAGACAAAGAAAAUCAACGAAUUGUCGUACUUGGGGCAGCAAGAGAGGGAAUACUUCUAUGAAGAGACUUUAGGAAGGAAAAAAAUGGAUGAUAAACGAUUAUGGGAAGAGGAGGAGAGGAGGAGAAUUGCUGUGAGGCAGAGAGAAGAAAGAGCCCAGAUAUAUGAGCGACAGAAGGCAUUAGAAGAACAGGAGAAAUUAGCGGCGAUUGAAAGCUAUCAAGACGCCAUAAGAAGAGAGAGGGAGGAAGAAGAACGUCUAAAGGAAAAAAAGAAGAAAAAGAAGAAGACUGAAAUGAGAGAUGAUUACUUGGAUGAUUUUCUUCCCAGAAGGAACGACAGAAGGAUACCAGAUCGAGACAGAUCGGUGAAGCGGAGACAAACUUUCGAGUCCGGAAGGCAUGCUAAAGAGCAUGCACCGCCAACAAAGCGCCGAAGAGGGGGAGAGGUUGGUUUGUCAAAUAUUUUAGAAGAAAUUGUUGAUACACUGAAGAACAAUGUGAACGUAUCAUACCUCUUCUUGAAGCCAGUGACCCGAAAGGAAGCUCCAGAUUAUCACAAGUAUGUAAAGCGCCCUAUGGACCUAUCUACCAUCAAAGAGAAAGCCAGGAAACUGGAAUAUAAAAACCGCGGGCAAUUCAGGCAUGAUGUGGCACAGAUCACUAUCAAUGCACAUUUGUACAAUGAUGGGCGCAACCCAGGUAUUCCUCCCCUUGCGGAUCAGCUUCUAGAGAUUUGUGACUACUUGCUGGAAGAGAAUGAGUCCAUCUUAGCUGAAGCUGAAUCUGCGAUCUAAAGGAUAGAUCUUCUAGAUGUGUCAGUUGCAGCCACCCCAACAAAUGUAUCAGAUAAACAAGACGCGACUGAAGGGAUUGUAUCUUAACUGUAUAAUGAGAUUUAGUAGCUGAUGAUUCUGUGUAUCGACCAUUUUGUUUUACUCCAUGGUCAAGGCAACACGAUGAUGAGGUGUGGAGGAGAGAAUGAUGAGUGUAUCUUAAUUGUUGAGUGGGAGCUCAAUUAUGUGAAAUAUAUGUGCAGUUUGUGCGAAACAUUCUAGUUGUGUAAAUUAUAGCAAUUAUUCGGUUAUUCCUCAUAGUCCUCUGAGUUCUAGGUUGCCCCUUUCAGCUAUGUGAAUAGAAUGAAAUUUCAGCUAAUUAAUAGGAUUUUUUUUUCUCA